AUGUGCAUCAACGAGCACAUGUCAGGUGUCCUGCGUCCUGCGUCUCGGCACCUCGAGCUUCGGGCUUCGGAGGGUGCUUUCGUCGGUUAUUGGUUAUUGGUGAUUGGUGAUUGGAGAGGUCGGGAGGAGGAGGAGGAGGAGGAGGAGGAGGAGGAGGAGGAGGAGGAGUGUGCGACGAAACGUACGGAUGGAAUGGCGAUGGCGAUGGUGGCUGUCAUUGGUGAAUAUGGUAUGAUGUCGACUGUGAGGCAAGAUGUCGACUGUGAGGAGUGGGACUACGAUAUGGAACUCAACAUCAACAUCAGCAGCAACAUCAUCAUCAACAUCAUCAGCAUCAUCAUCAUCAUCAUAAUCAUCAUAAUCAGACGUCCUGAAUCAGAAGUCCUGAAUCAUGCAUCAUGCAUCAUGGUGUGA